AUAGAAACCAAUCAGCUUCUAACCUCAGCUUGUUCAAUGAAGCUUUGGCAAUGAAACCUGGAAGCUGAUUGGUUUCUAUGCAGAAGUGAGUCUGAUUUUGGACUCUCCAGCUUUAGUAAAUAAACCCCAUUAUGUUAAGCUCCCUGGCGGUAUUCCCUAGUGUAGCUCGGGGUAAACUUUCAGUACCAAAAGCAGUAACCUCGAGCUACACUGGGGAAUACCCUGCAGAGUUGCUCCGGGAUCCCUCUUGCACUUACCUUGUCCUUCGCUCCCGCGAUGUCCCCCCUGCAGCAUCCCCGGCCAUCUCCUUUGGCUGAUGCCGGCAUCCGUCUUCUGGGUUCCGUUCCCUGCGAGCGUCUGGACUAACGGGGGAUGGAACCGGCGUUAAAUUCAAAAAUGUUAAAAGUGAAAUUCGCUCAAUACACUAA